AUGGGCGAUGAGAAUCAUGGCACGGACCGAAGCACAAAGAAGCCGCUUCGCAUUCUCACAUUCAACAGCGUCGGCAUCACAGGGCUGUCAAUGCUCAUGAUCGUGGACGAGCUGAUGGAUGCAAUUGCUGCUAAUCCUGACAACACGGGAGGCAAGCCUCUCCCUUGCGAAGUCUUCGAUGUUAUUGGCGGCAUUGGCGUGGGGGGCUGGAUAGCCCUGCUGCUGGGUCGGCUUCACCUGGACAUUCCAACAUGCAUAAGAGCAUAUGUCGAGAUCAUCAACGCCGUCAGCGCCCGCUCAUGGAUGGAGAAGCGUCGGUUGCGAUGGAAUAACGCCAAUUUCAACCAGACGCGCCUGCUCAGCAAGGUGACGGAGAUAGUGGAGAGGUACUCGAAAGGCACGGGCGACAAGAUGCUAUACGAAGACAAGGAGUGGCCACGAUGCCAGUUCGCUUUUGCCGCGGCGUCUGUGAAGAGCGCCCGUCCUCAUCGUGAAUACCAGAUCUUCCGGACGUAUCGGACGCCGGACGAGCCCAUCAGCGAAGGGCCUGAUGCCGCCACCUGUCACAUCGCCGAUGCGUUCGCGGCGACUGCAGCGUCCAAGUACCUGUUCAACUCAUUUCGCCCGGAGCACUCUUCGGUCCAACUGUUCGACUCUGACAGCUUGGAUCCACACGCGAUAACGCUUCUGGCCAUGGAGGAGGUCUCCCUUCUAACUCCCAAUCCUCACCCAAUUCAGCUUGCGAUCAAUAUUGGGUCUGGGGCGUCGACCAGGCGAGACUAUCACUCGCUCGCCGGGUUGUUCAGAAUCUUCUCUUUCGGCACUCCAUUGGAAAGAAUGGGCACUCUGCUUCGCGACACAAUUGCAGACCAUCGUGCGCAGACAACAGAGAAGACGACGACUUCCAAGUUGGAAUUCGUCGAGCUCCUGAACACAGCACGCACCGACCCAGCCAGUGGCAUGCCGCAUCGGAAGAAAGCCCCUCGCGAUGACAAGCUGACGGAGAUGGCCAUCUCACGCGAAAGCAAGUAUCGGGAAGAUAUAAAUGGAGCGUUGGAGAAAUACUACAUCGCACAUCACAGCCACUGUCCUGAACUCAGACCGAAGUAUAUUCCGUUGGGACCGGAAGUCGCCCCCAGGAACACCGUCGUCAACGACGUCGCGGCCGCCCAGACGACAUUUACGGCAACGUGCGCGUAUAUAAAGCGACUGCGGCCGCAGAUGGAUGAAAAAGCGGCCCCUUUAUGUUGUUCAGGGUGA